UUUGUGUUCGACUCAAACACCAGCUAUUCCUCCUCGUAGCCCUACCGACCCUAAACCCUCUCGACCAUGACAGCUUCUCAAAUCCCUUGGCAACGCCCGCAAUAGAACAGGAAAACAAUGGCCGGCCUUCUCCUCCGCGGCCUUCGGUCCGCGGGGCGGUGCGCCUUUUCCCACCAUCUCACUCAUUCACUGGCGGCGCUUCCUUACCAUCACUGGCACUUUCCUUCCCCUUCGCCCCUUCGUCACCUAUCUACCGCCUCUGCUUCAUCGGCGUUUGCCCCCGAAGCUUCCGCCACCGGUAGUUUACUUGAUCCUAGCCGUCUGAGGAACGUCGCUGUUAUAGCACACGUUGACCAUGGCAAGACGACACUGAUGGACCGAUUACUCCGUCAGUGCGGCGCCGAUAUACCCCACGAGCGUGCCAUGGACUCUAAUAGUCUCGAGCGAGAGCGGGGCAUCACUAUCGCUUCAAAGGUUACUUCGAUCACAUGGAAUGACAUUGAACUCAAUAUGGUUGAUACUCCUGGCCAUGCUGACUUUGGCGGGGAAGUUGAACGAGUUGUUGGGAUGGUUGAAGGAGCCGUGUUAGUUGUUGAUGCUGGGGAGGGCCCACUUGCACAAACAAAAUUUGUUCUUGCAAAAGCUUUAAAGUAUGGGCUACGCCCUAUUCUCCUUUUGAACAAAGUUGACAGACCCUCAGUUUCUGAGGAGACUUGCAUCGAGGUUGAGAGCUUGGUUUUUGAUCUUUUUGCAAACCUUGGUGCUACAGAAGAACAACUGGAUUUUCCCGUACUUUAUGCUUCAGCCAAAGAGGGAUGGGCUUCUUUGACAUAUACUAAAACCCCUGCUGAUGAUAAUAGAAAUAUGUCAGCUUUGCUGAAUUCCAUUAUACAGCAUGUCCCUUCUCCCUCUGCAAAUUUGGAUGCUCCUUUCCAAAUGUUGGUCUCUAUGAUGGAGCGUGAUUUUUAUCUUGGCAGAAUUUUAACUGGACGUGUAUCAUCAGGGGUAAUACGAGUGGGAGAUAGGAUACAUGGGCUCCGAAGCACAAAUGGAGUUGAGAAAAUUGAAGAAGGCAAGGUAACUAAAAUUAUGAAAAAGAAGGGCACAAAUGUUGUAAAUAUUGACAGUGCCUGGGCUGGUGAUAUAAUUUCAAUUGCCGGUCUUGCAAGUCCGUCAAUUGGUCACACAGUGGCGAGCACCGAGGUGAUGACUGCAUUGCCAACUGUUGAGUUAGAUCCGCCAACGAUUUCAAUGACAUUCGGUGUUAAUGAUUCUCCAUUAGCUGGCCAUGAUGGGACUCAUUUGACUGGAGGAAAAAUAGGUGACCGCCUGUUGGCUGAAGCUGAAACAAAUCUUGCUAUAAAUGUUAUUCCAGGUGCAUCUGAAUCCUUUGAAGUUCAAGGGAGAGGAGAGCUACAAUUAGGUAUUUUAAUUGAAAACAUGAGGCGUGAAGGAUUUGAGCUGUCUGUGUCGCCACCAAGGGUCAUGUAUAAAACUGAGAAUGGUGAAAAGCUUGAGCCUAUAGAGGAAGUGACGAUUGAGGUGAAUGAAGAGCAUGUUGGCCUUGUCAUGGAAGCCCUUUCACAUAGGAGAGGUGAGGUGGCUGACAUGGGUCCUGUACCAGGGAAUGUCGGUAGGACCAGAAUGUCACUUACAUGCCCAUCUAGGGGCUUGGUUGGAUAUAGAAGUGUAUUCAGCACCGAUACACGUGGAAGUGGAUUUAUGCAUCGUGCUUUUUUAACUUAUUCUAAGUACAAGGGGCCACUUGGAAAUGUAAGGAAAGGUGUAUUGGUAUCGGUUGGUCGCGGAAUUAUUACUGCGCACGCCCUCACAAGUUUGGAAGCUCGUGGCAUUCUUUUCGUGUCUCCUGGAAUGGAGACAUAUGAUGGGAUGAUAGUUGGUGAGCAUUCACGAGAUGCUGAUCUAGACGUAAAUCCUGUAAGAACAAAAGAACUUACAAACAUUAGAGCUCCGGGAAAAGAUGAAAAUGUUCGAUUAUCGCCGCCUCGCUUGAUGACUCUGGAGGAAGCCAUUGGAUAUGUUGCCUCCGAUGAGCUCAUUGAGGUUACCCCUAAGGUUAUAAGAUUAAGAAAAAGAUACCUUGAUGCCAACAAGAGGAAGAUGAUGAGAAAUAAGCCUACAUAUUGAAAUGAGUCAUCAUGGUAACAAAAGCUUUUAAUUUCCUCCCCCACACUAAAUCUUAUUUAUUUAUUAUUCAUGUGUUGCUCAAAAAAGUUUUGGCAUGUAACAUGUUAUUAAUAUUUAUUUGUAUACUAUAUUUACCACAAAAGAUAGUUAAGAAAAAUAAA